AAGCCUGUGUUCACAGUAGGCACAAUUGAUGAAGCAAAAGAUAGGUUGAAUGUAAGUGAGGGAGAAAAGCACAAAGCUGUUCUUGGAGCAGAUUUGGAUUUGGAGGUGACAAGGUUGGAGGAAUGCUUGAGGGAUGUGAAGAGACAAAGAGAGGAGGCAAGGACUAUGAAGGCUAACACAAAGCCAGUCAAAAUCAUCAAGCAGGUCUUAGACUGGAUGAUGGACAGUGUUGUCAUGUUGACACACUGCAAGUUGUUUGUAAUAGCUCCAGAGCUCGAGUGCCAGUAUGCAGCUAAGCUUAUGAGGACGACUCAGAUGUAUGAUGAAAUGCUGAACAAGGCUGGAAGUGGACCUGCAAAGGUAGAGGAGGAAGAGAUGAGUGAGGAAGCAAGGACCAACAGCAGAGAAGAUCAGCACACAGGUAUGAGUGUUGUAUGCAAGGACAACAAAGCACAGUCAAGCCCAGCAGCAGAGCUGAGAACAAGCAGAUUGCACAGGAAAGCAGUGGAUUAUAUUGGAUUGAGUCAGAUUCAAGCUGGAGAACGAGAACGAGAGCAGAGCAGAGGAGCAAGUGUGGCAAACAAGGCCAGAAGUGUACUAGUGAGGACAAGGGAGAAUAGUACAAUGGAUGAGCAGGAGUGUCAGAUAGGCACCCUAGUCAGCAACAACAAGGCUGGAAGUGUACCAGUCAGGCUAGCAACAGUAAAGCUGAACAACAAAUUGGAGACUGAGAGCUUACUGGACCAGGGAGCUGUUAUGAAUGUGAUGUGCAAAGACGUUUGGAAACACUUGGGAGUACCAAAGGAGCAAGUGUGGACAAACCUCAGGCCAGCAAAUGCAGGAUCAAUUGUGAUUGAGGGUGUCAUUCUGAGACUCAAGGUGUCAGUAGGUGGAAUAUCAAUGGUGAUGCUGGUUCAUGUAGUGAAGGACACAAUGUUCGACAUGAUAAUUGGGAGACUGUUCUUCGUGUUAACUGAGUGUGAGACAAAGGAUUUCAAGGAUGGUAAUCAGAUUUUGACCUUGACAGACCUAGCAGAUCAGAACUGGAAGUGUCAGGUUGAGACCUGAGCAGCUGUUGGAUGAAACCCACUACUCACUACUAUUAUCAUCUAUGUUGGAGUUGGAGAGGAUUGGUCUGGCAAGCCUUUGGCCUUGGUACAGGUUACAUUCUCUUUACUCUAACAUUCCCUUAUACCCCUUUCUUUUAUGGACACUCAUUCUUACUUGAGACUCACACUCUUUGUUUCUUUAUCUUACUUUGAUUGAUACCUUUUAUCCUUACCCACACUCCUUAUGCUUACCCUUUAUUAUUGCUUUUCAAAGCAAGUGACUGAGGACAGUCACUAUUUAAAGCUUGGGGAGGUGAAGAGUUCUGAUUUUGGUUACUAUCAGAUCUUCUUGAUUUUAUUUAAUUCUUUGGAUUACAUAAUCACUUUCUUUAUGUAGUUAGUUCUUUCCUAUUUGGAAGAGGGAGUUUUGACCAGAGCCCACAAUGACACUAGAGGGAACAAGCCCACCAAAACCUUGCCUCUCAU